GCGAAUACCGAUUCCAGCUCCUUGCCCAGACAGUUCUGUCUGCGCCUCCUGCCCGCUGUUUGCCUCGCCCCGCCUCGAGUCCCUGCGGCAGUCUCCCGUCUCUAGGGCGGGCUGUUCGCCUUGACAUGGUACGCCAUGCCCUCAUCUAAGGAUCGGGAUGUCGACGUCGACGAAGGCUCGCGCGAAAAGCGACAUCGACCCAAGACAGAGCGAAAGGAUCGCGACCGCGACCGAGACCGGGAGAAAGAUCGGGAUCGACCCAAGGAUCGAGAUCGCGACGUUGAGCGCGACGCCAAGGACUCUCCGUCCCACCGUCACCACCGAUCUUCGAGAUCAUCCAAGCUGAGGCCAACCGACAGCGAUACCCACUCUCGUUCCCACCGCCGUCACCGCCCCAAAGAUAUGGAGAAAGACGAAAUCAACUACCGCCCCCCCGCCGCCAGCUCCAUGACGGAUCUAGUACCCGAGCUCACGAGGGGCAUAGACAGCGAGCGAGGGAGCGCGCCUUAUCCGUCCUUUAGCAAGGCACAUAGCAAGGAGUUCCUCCAUAGCAGGGACAAUGUGUCAGCUCCUGCUGCUCGGCGGACCGACCCCCUCACGCCAGAGGCGACCGACAUUGGAGGAGGCAGCGAUAUGAGGAGGUCCAAGUCGGCAGACUCGCCUCCUGCAACACGCAAAGCGUCCUCUUCUCGUAAAACCUCACGCCAAGAUGACAGGCCGCCGUCCCCACCCGAGACUGAUUUGGCUGGACAGAAGGAGAGACCCGGGACACCCCUAUCCACAAGGGAAGGGGGGCACCUUGAUCCGAGGUCCGGAUCCAGAAACUCGUCUUGGGUCUCGAGGUCGACGUCAAAGAAUGAAGUCAAGUCAAGAGUUUCGAAGGCGUCGAGUCAGGCCACCUUUAUACUGCAGCCAGCCACCGAGAACCAUGACCGUGAUGGACUCGGGGCAGCUGCAUCUUCGGUCCAGUCAAGCUCUGCGGCAACAUCAGUCCCUCUCAAGCGAAGCGUAUCUGUUCCUCCCCCAAGGCCACCACCUAUCAAGGUCGAUUCUUCGCCCGAAUCAGCUGUUGACUCAUCACCGAAAACACCUACUCAGACACCACAGUUUCCGCCAUCCAUCAUUCCCAACGAAACGGAGCACACUAAAUUUGAGAUAUCGUCGUCCGAUGUACCUACUCCUUCAGCUACUCCAGCACAUGUCCUUGUUCAUGGUCCGCCACCACCACCACCGCCGCCGCCGCCUCCCAUUAGCAUCCAAGAUGUUCCACGGGUCGACUACCUCAUGCAAAACGGUGGUUUGCCACAUCCUGUCCCGAAGACGUUCCUGGCGGUGCUGCCGCGGCAGAAUGGCACUCGGCCGUCCAACCCGCCACUCCAGGGUCCUGAGACGCUUUUUGCGCCCUUCUUUAAUCUCCUGAACCAGUAUCAGACGGUGAUUUCGGGUCAUGGCUCCAUUGCUGUGGCAACUGGCCACCAAACCAUUGCCCGUCGGCUGUUGAAUCGGCUUGAGAAUGUCUUCUUACGAGAUUUGUCCCCAGAUGGCUGCUACUGCGUCAUGUGUGACCGCUCGGAAGAACAACAUAGGGGCCUCGGAUGGGGUGAGGUGCUUGAACGGGUCAGUGGUCGGACAGACUUGCCGCCGUGGCCUCCCUUUGAUCUUGCAUUGCUGGGGACCAAGGCGACCGAGGGCCUGGUGGAUGUUCCACCGCGACCGGCAUCACCAGUUAAGAUGGACCCUGAUAUCGCCGAGGAGUUCAGAGAACAUUACCUUCGUCAGUCGAAGCGGGUGAGAGCGGCCGUUGACAAAUGGAUGGCCAACUGUGACAAAUCCCCUGCUCCCCCGCCACAGGAAGUUGAUGACGAGACCCUGACAUUUGCAAUCCUUACCAACCUCGACCCCGAGGACAGGCCGUACUUCAAUGCCCUCUUGUCAGGUUCCCGAGAGCUUCUUCCGGCAACUCGUGCACCUACGCCCAUUCGCAAGCCUCGCAACGACUUUGUGGUAAAGUCGGGGCUGUCGAUACAAAGGUUGUACCGACUACCGCAAGUACCUCGCGACGCCGAGACGGCCAUGUACCUCGUCAAGAACCCAGCCAUGCACAAUCUUCUACAUACAAUCUCGGACAUCAACCCGUCCGAGUGGGAGAUAUUAAUUUCCGGCCGGUUUGACGGGUUUCUGUGGUCUGGCGCCGAGGACGACGGGAUCCCGUUUGGGGAAGGGCCAUCUCGCAUGGCCACUCCAGCAAGUGGUAUUUUUCCGUCAUCUCGUGUCAUGAGCCCCGGGAUGAGCCGUCCUGUUAUAGGGGGGUCGAGGAAUCCUACCCCAUUCGGGCCCUACUCGCGUGGCCCCACUCCCGCGUCGUUUAUCAGCGGAGUGUCGGCCGCAUCGUCAUCGUACCCAAGUCGCGCGGCGGUCUCACAUGACGAGGAGACGGAGAUAGCAGUCAUCGCCGAAAUUGAACGUGAGAUAUUCAACGGCAUGGAAGCGCUCGAGGAUGCCUUCGAGCGGCUACACGACCAGGCCUUAACGGUGCGCGCCAACCUGCGGCGGCGCGGUGCUGCCCUCUCCAUGAGCUUGCAGCAGCGCCGCGGACUUGGCGGCCGGGCCAUCGACGUCCUGCCGCUCUCCGGGUCGAGCGGCGCGUAUGACCGUCCCGCCUGGGCCGACGAGGAGAGCAUAGAUGGGGAAAGCGAAUGGGGUGGCGAUGAUGUCAGUGAGCUAGCCCCGGACGACUCGGCAAGCCAAAUCAGCAGCAAUCGACUGCGGCGGCCGAAGCGGAGGAGGGAAAGGGCGACGCCCGCCCCUAUCGAGGAGGAAGAUGAGCAGUGACGGAAAGUUUGAUGAAAACAGAAAAGAGCAGAAUGGCUUUCUUUCCUUUUUGGGUUGUCGUUUUUGUCCAUUUCGAAACAUUGGCCCCGUCAAAUAAAUAAAAAUUGGAGACACUGGCGUGGAUUUGUUGGUUUCGUGUUUCGACUGUUUCUUAAUGCUUGGGUUGGUUUUUCUUCCGGUUUUUUUGUCGUCAUUGCGAGGCAUGGUGGGGCGAGGCAAGGCAUUGCAGGAUACGUCAAUUGCUAAGGGCAAAGGGAAGGCGUGUUUUUAUAACUUUUUUGCGCCUCUCCAUAUAUGUCUCUCUUGAAAUAUGGUAGGAAUAUGUGUCCAUGUUAUUGUCUAUUUUCGUUGCAUUUUAGGUUUCGCCACGAGUAAAUACUCGUGGAUUCUGGGGCUCCUUCACAUGCUCGCUGGUAGAUGUCAUAGGCGGGUUUAACAGAAUGGACCACAUAAGGACGAGGAUUACA